AUAUUAUGGUAGUGAUGUACAAAAUAGAAGUUUGAUUAACUGGUAAAAUCUGUUUGCAUGCCGGGGAAAGAUAAGUGGAAGGAAUAAAGGGUUCUCUUCUGCGAGCAUCUUUUUCUUUUCUCAGUUCCAGACAUGAACUUCUUUUUCGAACCUUGAAAAGAAAAAAGAAACAGAGAAGGGAGAAAGAGAAAGAUACAAGAGAAGAAAGUAAUGUCGUUAUUGGGUUUUCUUUUCUUAUUUCUGUGAAAAUCGAAUGUCGUUUUGUGGGAUUUCCAGGUCAUGAUCCCAGCGGAACUUUUGGCCGGACUACAAGUGUCACUGGACUCUACCUCUGUCACUUGCUUUGUCUUUGCAUGAGCUGGGAAGCUGAACUCCAGAAACAAACAGUAAGAUUUUGAGGUCCUUCAUUAACAGGUUUUGAACUACAGUUUAUAUGUUUUUUGGGUUUUGAUCAAGAUGGGAGUCAGAAAAAGCUUCAGUACGCUUUGAUUCACUAUUAGCUUCUUUUCCCUUCUUUUCUAUUUGGGUGAACUUUCUCGAGGAAUUUUUGAAAUGGGUUUUCUGUUUGCUUUUGAAUUUGUUAAGUGGGAAGUGGAAGCUGUGUGAUAUGAACUGAAUUUCAGUGGGACUUUUAGAGGCUUUGGUUCUGUUUGUUGAUAAUUUCUUUGGAGUUUGCCAGAGGCUUUGAUUCGCCUAGCGCCUAGGAAGCUUCCACAGGAGAUAUUUUUAGUCUACUCUCCGUGAUAGAGGAGAAUACGUGAUCUGUGCACUAGCUUUGCAUAUACUUGAAACUAAUGGCAAAGAUAUUCCCUGAUUUCUACUGCUCUGCUUUCCUAGUUUUGUUCUCGAUUUUGGCUUCACUCAACCAUGCAGAGCAACCACAGUCCUCUCAUGCUCAGACCCUUUUGAAAAUUCAGGGUCUUUUAAACUUUCCGGCUGUUUUAAGCAGCUGGAAUAACAGUACGAAUUUCUGCAAUGCCGAAACUAGUUCAUCUCUAACUAUCGUAUGCUAUGAGGAAAACAUAACCCAGCUGCAUAUAGUUGGCAAUAAGGGAGCUCCUCUUUUACCUAGGAACUUUUCCUUAGAUUCCUUUAUAAUGACCCUUGUUAAGCUUCCAGACCUGAAGGUUCUCACUUUGGUUUCUCUUGGAUUAUGGGGUCAUUUGCCCAGAAAAAUUGGGCAUUUAUCAUCUCUUGAAAUACUUAACGUGAGUUCAAAUUUCCUUUAUGGCUCUAUCCCUCGAGAGCUUUCAUCCCUUGUAAGUCUCCAAACACUCAUACUUGACGAUAACAUGCUUUCUGGUGAGAUACCUAGUUGGCUGGGUUCUCUACCUACUUUGACUGUCUUGAGUUUGAGGAAGAACAUGUUUAAUGGAACUUUGCCAAGUUCAUUGAGUCGUUUGGAAAAUCUUAGAGUUCUCACACUUUCACAUAACCAUUUCUAUGGAGAUGUUCCUGAUUUUAGCAGUUUGAUCAACCUUCAAGUGCUCGACUUGAAGGACAAUGCUUUAGGACCUCAUUUUCCUAAGCUUAGUGAUAAGUUGGUUAUGCUGGUGCUGAGCAAGAACAAGUUCAGGUCUGGCAUUCCUGCUGAAGCGAGCUCCUAUUAUCAGCUUCAACAACUGGAUCUCUCUUUCAAUAGAUUUGUUGGGCCAUUCCCAACAUCAAUGUUAGCACUGCCAUCGAUUAUUUAUUUGAACAUCGGCACAAACAAAUUCACCGGAAUGCUUUUUGAGAACCUUUCUUGCAAUGCGGAACUCAAAUAUGUGGAUUUGUCGUCAAAUCUGUUGACUGGAAGCAUACCUAGUUGCCUUGUGCCAAAAUCUAGGAGGAAGGUUGUCCUGUAUGGAAGGAAUUGUCUAGCGGGAAGGGAAAAUCAACAUCCAUUUUCCUUCUGUCAUAAUGAAGCUUUAGCUGUUGGAAUCAUUCCUCACAGAAAGAAGCAUACCUCAAAAUCAGUUCUUGCCUUAAGCAUAACUGGGGGGAUCAUUGGUGCAGCAGCACUCGUCGGCCUGAUUUUCCUGUUUAUCAGGAGAGUAAAUGCCAAGAGAACAAUAAAAAAAUACCCAACAAGAUUGAUUGCAGAGAAUGCAUCAACUAGAUACACCUCAAAGUUGCUAUCAGAUGCAAGGUAUAUAUCUCGCUCAAUGAAGCUAGGAGCACUUGGCCUUCCAGCCUAUCGAACGUUUUCAUUGGAGGAGCUCGAGGUUGCUACAAACAACUUUGACACGUUAGCUUUCAUGGGUGAAGGUUCUCAAGGGCAGAUGUAUAGAGGUCGGCUGAAGGAUGGUUCUUUUGUUGCUGUUAGAUGCCUUAAAAUGAAGAGAAGUCACUGUCCUCAAAAUUUCAUGCAUCAUAUAGAGCUGAUAUCAAAACUGAGACAUCGUCAUUUAGUCAGUGCUCUUGGACACUGUUUUGAGUGCUACUUGGAUGAUUCCAGCGUCAGCAGAAUGUUUCUCAUAUUUGAAUAUGUACCAAAUGGCACCCUAAGAAACUGGAUAUCUGAGCGACGCACCAGACGAUUGCUUAACUGGGAACAGCGAAUAGCAGCUGCAAUAGGUGUAGCAAAGGGCAUCGAAUUCUUGCAUACCGGAAUUGUACCGGGAGUUUAUUCAAAUAAUUUGAAAAUAACGGACAUUUUAUUGGACCACAACUUUGUUGCAAAGAUUAGCAGCUACAACCUCCCAUUACUAGCAGAGAACACAGUAAUGGGUGGUCCUGGUGGAUCCAAAGACCAUGGCAUUAGUACAAGCUUAAAUCGUGAAGAUAAGAUUGAUAUUUACGACUUUGGAGUAAUUUUACUUGAAAUAAUUGUUGGAAGGCCAUUCAAAUCCAGGAAUGAAGUGGAUGCUCUAAAAGAUCAGUUGCAAACCAGUAUCCAAGCUGACGAUGCAGAUAGAAGGACCAUGGUCGAUCGAGCAGUUAGGAAGACAUGCUCAGAUCAAUCAUUAAAGACGAUGAUGGAGAUUUGCUUCAGAUGUUUGCUAAACAAGCCAGCAGAUAGACCAUCCGUGGAGGAUGUGCUGUGGAACUUGCAGUUUGCUUCUCAAAUCCAAGAUGAAUGGCAGGGGGUCUCCCAGAGCAGUGAAGGUUCCCCAAUUUCCCUUUCAGCACCUCCCAACCUACACCUCACCUAUAAUUAGCAGCAAAAACCAGGUUUUUAUGAUAAUGAGAACUUUUCUGGAAAAGCAUGUUUAUGAAGUUGAAGCUUCUUUCAUUUGUUUCUCAACAAAAAAAGAAAAACAACCAUACCUCUUGGGACAUACUUGUCUUCCUUCUUUGUUUUCUUCAUCCUCUAUCACUGCUUCAGGGUAUAGCAGCUCACUAGAGGCAUCAGAGAAACAGCAUCCAUGAAUCUAAUACCACGUUAAGAAGCUUUUCAGUUCAUUUGUUCAUCCAUUCAUGGCAUGUCGAGCUUUCGAUAGAGGUUUUUGUUUCCCUUAUUGUGUUCUUCUCAUUUUAUCUCAUUUCGGUGCAAUUGCAGAUGACUAGAAGGAAGUUGCAGAAUCAAUUGUAUAUACCUGUUUCCUAAGAAAGAAUGCUGUUUAAUACUCAUCGUGUCUAUUGAUAUCAGUUCCUGGUUAUCUUGUU